ACCUGGGUGGUAUUUCAAUUACUGUGACUUAAGUCUGUGAAUGAAUGAGCAGCAGUUAACAUACCCUGCUGCCUUCACUGCAUACAAGUCACCUGAAGGGUAAAGUACACCUGCUGUGGAAUCCAGCGGCUGUCACUCUGAAGAGAAAACAGAUUUGUUUGACAGUCAGGACCUACUGACCCAGGUCCUUAACUGGAGUCAUUUCUGCUGGGAGAUAUCUUUUAGACUACUCUGGACCAUUUUUAAUACAAUUUCUCAAGAGGAAUAUCUGCACACCAUGGAGGAAACGCUCAACGGCACCAUUCACCCCGCUUGUUUACAAGAGCCCCCGCUGGCUAUCGACGUGAUCAGGCAGAUGGAUGUGUUUGAUUUUAGCCUCUACUCCAUGCUCACCUUUAUGUCCUGCAUCUCCCUGCUGCUCUACCUGGAGCAGUGCGUCUUUAUUUAUAAAAAGCUGCCCACACCCAAGAAGACCACCCUCAUUUGGACAAGCGGUGCAGCCCCAGUCAUUGCCGUCAUGUCUUGUUUUGGGAUGUGGAUCCCGAGGGCAGUCAUGAUCACAGACAUGACCUCUAACUGUUAUUUUGCAGUGGUGGUGUAUAAGAUCUUGGUCCUGAUGAUCGAGGAGCUGGGGGGCACCAACAGUUUCCUGAAGCGGUUUACUGGUGAAACCUUCCUCAUCAGCACAGGACCCUGCUGCUGCUGCUGCCGCUGUUUACCCCGCGUUCCCAUGUCACGGCGGCUGCUAUUCUGGCUGAAGGUGGGAGCUCUUCAGUACGCCAUCCUAAAGACGGUGCUCUCUGUCGUGGCCGUGGUUUUGUGGACGAACGGCAACUUCGAUCUCUCAGACUUAGAGAUCACCGGUACAGCCAUUUGGAUCAACCCAUUCAUCGGCGUUCUCACCAUCAUCUCCCUCUGGCCGGUUGCCAUCAUCUUCAUGAACACUAACAGAUAUCUACGCGGCCUCAAUAUGGUGCCCAAGUAUGCCAUGUAUCAACUAGUGCUUGUAUUGAGUCAGCUGCAGACGUCAAUCAUCAACAUCCUGGCCUUGGAUGGAACCAUCGCCUGCUCCCCUCCCUUCUCCUCUCAAGCUCGUGGAUCCAUGCUGAGUCAGCAGAUGAUGAUCAUGGAGAUGUUCAUCAUAUGUCUGGUUAAUCGUUUCUUGUACCGUCGUACGUAUGACGCACUCCCCUCCGAGGAGCAGGACAACGACCAGAAUGCCAAAUUCGACGAGCUGAAAGUUCUCGAGGAGCAUGACGUCUAAAAACAAACAACAAAAAGAGACGGUGAAAGAGUGGACGUCAGCACUGCUCUCAGAUGAUGAUUGAGAUCAUCGAGUAGUCAAACUAUUCAAAGUCUUACACUGUUUUAGUUUGCAAGAACAUUUUACCUCAUUCUUUUAAACAUCGCUUCAGUACUGGGGUGACUGUCAACCCUUUUUCUUUAUACUUUUCACACAGCGCUCCCUGACAUUUUGUCAAUAUCUUUAUCCUAUAGCUAAUAAAAUUUAAAGGGUUAGUUCAUCCAAAUUACUACAGUACUUUCUGCCCAAGAAAUAGUCCCUCUGAUUCAUGUGGGUUAUCGAGAGUAAAUACGACGGUGAUUCUAGAAAGAGCUGUCGAAUUGUUUACAUAGUUUUAUAUAUAAUUGUUUUCAAUGACACAAAAUAUGUUUUGCUUACCUUUGUGCUGGAGGGGAGUCAGACCUGUCAAAGAUGGAUAUCUUGAAACUUGUGGAUGUUUUCCCUUUUUGUGAUUUGGUUGAACUGACCCUUUAACUGACCCUUUUUCCAAUUCUUUCCAGAGCGUUAGACAAGAAGAUUGAUACCACUCUUGUGUCCGCACUUUAAAUACGAGGCUACCGCUGGUUAAAUUAGCUUAGCAUAAACACUUGAAACAGGGGGAUUCUGCUAGCCUAGCCUUGUUUGUUUAACCUUUACAAGAAUUGUGUGUUUUACGACUCAUUAUAUUUUUAAAGCAGGUUGUUUACAGGACUUUUUCUUAACCACUAUGUCUUCCUGGGGUCUUGUCAAUGUGUCUCAUGCAUUAGAGCAUUGCACUGAAAUAAGACAAUAACGACAUACAUAUUGCUUUAAGGUUGACUCAUUUCUGAUAAAGAUUUAAACAAAUUUUUGGACACACUGGGAUGAUGCUUUGUUUUAGUUUGUAACUAAGAUCUGGACGACUAGAACAGAGCCUUCAUUGUAACAGCAUACAGUACAUAUGCAUGUCAUACUGAGAUGAUGACAGUUAGAAAAUUGGCAUUUUUGAACUGGGACUAUGUAGGUUUAUAGAUAUUAACAUUAAGACAACUAUUUAUUGUGUUGAUGUAUGUGUGUGUGUGUGUGUGUGUGUGUGUGUGUGUGUGUGUGUGUGUGUGGUGUGUAUGCGUGGGGGCGCGUGCGUGAUCAUCACAAUAAUGUCUUUGGCCUGGGUGUGGAGAUGAUGAAAUGAGGUCACAAUGACAUGUGAUGUAUUUUUUUAGUAGGAGAGUGGGCAGUAAAUACUGACACAGUAUUCGGUUGGUUAUGUCUGUACUCACUGAAGUGCCAAGGUUGUACGUAUUAACCUUUACUGAGGUUCUAAGCAGCAAAACAUGAAGACAUUUAAUAAAAGGGAUCUAUUCACUCUGUGGAGUCCAACAGGAACACUGUUCAUUUUACAUUAAGGUUCAACUGAAUUUUACUGUCAAUCUCAUGUCAGUCCACCUCUGCUGCAGUCUUUCACGCUAAGAGCGGAUCAAUACUGAUUUCUUGGCUCCCAACAUCUGUGCACUGGUGCAACUGUACCCUUAAACCUCAGACGGUGUCUUAACGCAGCCUGGAAAAACAGCCAGAUUUGUUCAAAGAUUGCUGACCCACUUACUCAGACUUAUUUGGGCCAAGGAAUUCAUGUGGAUGAGACAGCGGCUUUAUUUUCAGACCCUGUGUUCAUUUCACAGCCGUCUGCAGCCUAACUGUGCCACAUGUUGUUUCUCCAGCAACCACAAGAGGUCGUGCUCAUCCCACCACGAACCCCUAUUUUAAUGAACGUGGUAAUGAAGAACAAGUAGUCACCUAAUAAAACUAAUUUAGUUUAACCUGACACACUUGCCAAACAAGCAGAAUAUCUGCUUGACUGACACACUUAUUGAUGAUUGUGAAAAUCUACAAACAAGAUACAUGACCGACCACGACUCUAAUCAAUUCAGUCUUACUUGUCAGGAAAUCCGUGUGUGCUACUUAUUUAUUUAUAGAUUUUCAAUGGUGUUUUGUUGCAUCAAUCAGCUAAUGAGUAUGAAAGUAAAUGACUUCUCGAGCACUGUAUCGAUUAGAGCCGUGGUUCUCAACAUCAUGGACACCUACACUGACAGAGGGUCCUGCCAUCUGAUAAGAAUUUUACUUUUAGACGUUUCAUCACAGAGAGCCUAUGAAACCCAUGACUGAAAAUAAUCAUACAUCUUGUCAUUGUUUUACUUAUGGAUGGAACUGCAACCAAUAAAUUAUUCCCAUUUUGGCUGAGGAGCCCCUGAAACCACCUCAAAUAUGACCUAUAUGACUAAGAGGAUUGGAUUUAAAGUCACAUUUUCCCAAAAGUUACAGCUCACCUUUUACUGAAUGGUAAAUGCUCAAUUUAAGAUUUGUAAAUAAUGUUGAAAAAGAGCGAUCACAGUACCGCUAACAUA